UAUCAAUAUGGCGGACGAGAACCGCUAGUUACAUGUUACUUUCUCUGUCUUUCUCUGUUGCUGUUGUAUCUUUUUCUUCACGACUCCACUUGUUUUUUUCAAUACAAUGUUCUUAGACUACUUCGUUGCGAAAAGAAGAUUCAGAAGAAAUCCUGUGGGGAAAAUGAUGUGUUUAAUCAGCGUGGGAUUCAACAAGGACUUUGAAGCUGGUAUCUGUUUACUGUACUAGCAAUAUUACACAAAAAAUAUUGUAGUAAUCUUCUUGAAAUGGAAGAAAGCUGUAGCGAAAGACAGGAAAAUGAGCUUCAAGCUAUUCAAGCGAUAUAUAUGGACGACUUUCAAGAUCUUCGUGAAAAGGUAACCUCCUUGAAAUUUUAGCCAGCUGUUUACAAAUUUCCUUUGGCCUGUUUUUCAAAGCGAGUUCUGGUGCUCAUACUUUUUCAUAUGCAUAAAAGUUUACUUUUACAUGCAAAUUGAGGUCAUUUUCACACAAAUGGUUUUGUACCAAGCAUUACUUGAGAAAGGUUUCUGGGUUUCUGUUAUGGUUUACUCAUUUUAAAUAUUAUUGAUCCCGAGCUGACAUCUGAGGAACAUGUUGACAGCUUCUCUGGCAAAUUGGCAAAACACAUAGAAAUAAUGAGGUCAAUUCACUUCCAUAAAACAUAUCCUUGUGUUUGAUUGCCCUUUUUGAGUACAAUUUACAUCUAAGAGGAUUCUAACCAGGCUCCUACACAAGCCAUUCUGAACAAAACUAAGUUAGAAAAUCAAGAACAGCGGUUGAUUAAUUUAAAUUCAUAAUAAUUUGAAUAAAUUAACAUCUGCCAUUUGUCUAUGAAGUUCAGGUCAACCAUUGCUCCUAACUGAGAAAGUAUCUUCAUCGCACUAGAGUUUUAUCUAUUAACAUGAAUGAUUAAAUGUUUGUGAAAAUAUGGUCUGUAAGUAACAGAAAGUUUCAUUAUAGAUUCUCUGAGGAAUAUUCAAAACCAAUAACUUUUUUCAUUAAAUAUAGUAUACAUGCCGAUGUGCUGCUAAUAGCAAAAUUACUAAUGCUAAUGUACAUGUAUGCUCUGAUUCCAUGUGAUUUGAUGUAACUUGAGUAGAGGUUAGGGUUUUUUUUGUUUUCAUUUCUUUUUUUUAUUAUCUUACAUCUUCCUUAGCCUGAGGAUCCACCCAAAGUGUGUUUGAAACUAACACCCCUGCAGAGUGUUGUUGCUAAGGAGGUGUAUGCUAGAGUUGAAUUGAUUGUACAAUAUUCAGCAGAUUAUCCUGAUAGGUAAGUUGACUAAAGAGUUAUAAAUUUUUUGAAUAUACCUGGUGGAUUGUUUGAUAUCUAGUCACACUAUUUUUAUUUUACUGAAAUGUUAUGUCUAAUCACAUUAUAUAAUAAUAUAAUAUAAUAAAUAUAUAUAUAUAUAUAUGUUGCAUAAAAAAACAGUCCUUGUAAAAAAGCGUCAUUUUUAUGUAAAAAAGCUGCUUUUUUACAAGUUACCUGGUUUGUAAAAAUACUGCUUUUUUACAAAAAUAUAUUUUUGUAAAAAGCAGCUUUUUUAUAUAAAAAGCAGCUUUUUUACAAAUUAGCCGCUUGUAAAAAUACUGCUUUUUUAUGUAAAAAAGCUGCUUUUUUACAAAAUAUAUUUUUGUAAAAAAGCAGCUUUUUUACGUAAAAAAGCUGCUUUUUUACAAGUUACUUGAAGGAAAAAUACUGCUUUUUUACAAAAAUAUGUUUUUGUAAAAAAGCAGCUUUUUUACAAAAUAUAUUUUUGUAAAAAAGCUGCUUUUUUAUGUAAAAAAUCUGUUUUGUUACAAAAGAUAUUUUUGUAAGAAAGCUGCCUUUUUAUGUAAAAAUCCUGCUAUUUUACACGUAUAGACCAUUUGACAAACUCUUUUAUCGAAGACAGGCUGCUUUCUAUAGCAUGGUUCGAAAUUUAUUGAACUGUAGUUUUCGUGGGCUUCUCAAACCGUACAUUUUAAGAUAUCCAGCUAGUCAUGUUCACGUUCCCGUGUCCCCUUUAUUGUGGGGCUUUUAAAUUCCCUUGCUAACUCGCUGACAGCGUUAAAAAUUUACGUUCUUUUUAUUCUUUCUUCUUGUUUCCUUUGUCAUUCAAUUUUCCAGGACCUUCUAAUUGUUGGAUGCGAAGAAGGAACAGGCAGUAAUUUCAUUUGUUAUGCUUAUCGGCCGAGGUCACGCAUGGCAGUAACUGCGUGUUAGGCAAUAAUAGAAUAGCUGGGUUAUUCACUGUCCUAUUUUUAAGCAAUGCCUGUCACAAUCUCUUGCAGCAACCAAAGCCUUCUAUUCUCUCCCUCAUUGCUACUUUUGUUCAAGCCAAAAACUGUACGGAAUAUUAUUCUGUAUUAUUUAUCUAUUCUCCCAAGGUUAUCAGCUGCAAUAAUUGGUUUAACUGUCAACAAAAUACUUGGCAAUAAUGCUUUGAGGCUCUUAGCAGUGGACAAAUCAGAGGCAUAAAAUCUUCAGCAAGAAUCAACGACAGCAAUUGUUGGGCAAUUUCCUGUAUUAUGUAUGUGGCGCUAAACCUCUAUCACGGGAUUCAUGCUAUGUUGAAAUCCAUGUUGAUGCAUGCAAGAGUGUCAUGUCUGCGUUACAACUUUAAGCUUUCAACAUGAUGUAGGAACAUGUUCAGUCGGCUAAUCAAGCAAAAGGAAACGCUAGCCUAUAGCUACAAGAGUAAAUACACUCGCUUGUUAGUCUAAUUUUUGCAAUACACAGAGCAACUUGUAAGGCCAUAAAAACAGCAGCCGAUUUGUUCAUAAGAAUUAGGGACUAUAUAAAUGCGGUCUGUAACGUACACCAAUGCGUGUUUCAUUUUAGAGAUCGAGAAAAAAGCCAGAAAACACUUGCAAAGGCUGAAAAACUUUAAUAUAAAUACAAGCUGAAUUCGCCAGCAACAUUUAGUGUAUGACCGUUUUUUUACAAAAUAUAUUUUUGUAAAAAAGCUGUCCUUUUACAAAUAUAUAUCAGUGUAAAAAAACAGCUUUCUUACGGUACCAUUUUUUCACACAACAUAAUAAUAAGAGGUAUAAUAAUAAUGAGAGGUAUGUAAAUAUUUAUAAAAUAACUAAGACAGUACAUACGUUCUGAAUGGUUAAAAACGUAUGAUUCAUUGUGCUGGUAAACUCAUAGAAAACUUAAAGUUGUUUUUUAACAGCAAUAGACCACACUUUCUAUGGGUUUACCGGCGUGAUAACCCACUUAGGAGGUUGGGAGAACACUCAAAAAGCUUGUAAAUCACUCGCCUUUGGCUGGUGAUUUACAAGCUUUGCGAGUUUUCUGCCAACAUCCUAAGUGGGUUAUCACGCUGGUAAACCUGUAGAAAGUGUGGUCUAUUGCUUUAAUAUUAUUCAUGCAAAGUUGAAAAAUAUGUGAGUGACAUAACAUCAGUCAUGUUGAUUCUUACUGAAUUGCAGUCUUUGUUUUUAAUUAUCAGUUUAUGGGCAUAUUUAUUCGUAAACAACAAAUCUUGAGUGCAUCUGUUAAAAUAAAAUUCUACUCUCUCUCUCUCUCUCUUUGUAAUUUUUUUUUGUUGCAGGAGCCCCAAGAUAUCCUUGUGUAAUGCUACAGGUAUCUCAGAUGAAGAUUUGAGUAAACUUCAAAAUGAACUGCAGCUAAUGGCAGCAGACCUUGUUGGUGAGGUAAGGUUCUGAUCAUAUUGUAAUAUGGCUGUGACAUCAAAAAUUAACCGAGGGAUUUCAAGUGAAUUACUGAAUGAAGGGUGACUAUUCAUUACAAAAUUGACAGAUACUGUUUAUGGUAUAGUAUAUGUUUCUGGGUUGUUUAAAGUUUACAGCAGUCACCCAGACUGGGGGCUAAAUUCUGAAGGGAAAAAAGGCAUGCAAUGAUAGUUAACGACUGUUGAAAAUAAAAAAACUAAUGGUGACUUGGAAUCCACGGUCUCUUCUACUCUUGCACAAGUGAUAACAAAUUUUCAGUUUUUUUUCCACGAACCUAAGUAUCUUGACUUACCUGUGAAAGGAUAAGAUUAUUUGUGGGUAAUUCACAGCAUAAAACUAUCUUUUCAAGGUGAUGGUUCUUCAACUAGCACACCAUGUUCAAACAUGUCUCCACAAACACAACAAACCACAGCUGUCAUUUUAUGAAAAGAUGAUGGCAAACAAGCAGAAAGAAGAAGAAAGGAAGCUGGCUGCCAAGAGGGAAAAGCAGCAGAUGGAAAUUAGAGCGAACAAGGAAAGAGAAGAAAAUGAGGUGUCUAGAUAAAAAUGUGGAAUGAUUUGCUGACUGAAAGAUAUGACAUCCUUUGCCUUUUAUUAUUUAUCGUUAAAACCAACAUUGUUCCUAACCUUCAUGGACACACUGCCUAAACAACAGUUACUAAUAUGUCAGUUUUUAUGGCAUUUUUAUUGACCAAAGAAACAACUGUAAAAAGGUUACAGGAUUUAUAGUUCAUGAGUAAUCAAAGUUUGUUUCUCAUUUCAUUAGAUGUUUGGAAAAUUAAUACGAUAACGGCUAAAUUAACUUUUUUACAUUUAUUUUUUACUAGAAAAGGGAAAUAGAAGAGGAAUUGCAGAGAAGAGAAGAAGCCAUCAGAGAAAGCAAAAGAAGAAGAACAGUCGUGAUUACAGUGAGGCAUUCUUGGUUUACUACAUCUUAAAUAAUUAUUUUGAUGUGUAUUCUGACUGUGUCUACUGUUAUUUAUGUCAGUCAAUCAGUUCACAUCCAUACCAAACUAGAAGGUCUACAUAUGUACCUCGUUGGGUACAGUUAUACAUGUUUGUUUUUUUACUUAAAACUUUUUAUCUUUAAGUUUGUCCUCUUUUAACUGGUAAUUUAUCUUCUGUUUACUUGAAAACUUGUUUAUUUUGAGAUUCACACCUGUCUGUUCCUAAUCUUGAAACAGUAGGAUUGUUACUGGUUCAAAUUAUGUCAUUCAGUCUUAAGUCAGCUAGAUACCUACAGAUUUUAUGAACUUACAAACUCUGCAAAUGCAGUUUCCUCUCUUGUGAUAUUAAUGACAUAUGAAGUAGCUAAUUUUUUGUCUUGGCAGGAAAAGAAUUCUAAAGCAGAUCAACCUGCAUCUACACAGAGUCUAAAAACAAGAGAUAGUGAAAAAAGCCCUGUAAUGGAGACACCACCAACCCUUCAGAAGAAACAUUCGGGAAAUUCAAUUGCACUCUUUCAACCAUCAUCACCAAAGAAAACAGAUGCUAUCAUUGGUCCUGGGAGUAGUAUCUUGAGACGGCGGCGUAGUUCUGAAAGUUUGCCCGAUGAUUCCUUCACAGGGACAAGAGUGAUAACUUUUAGUUCCAAGGGAGAGCAAGUUGUUCACUGUGGAAAAUGUCUCGGUACAUUUCUCUUGCCAAUUUUUUAUUUUUAUAUUUCAGUAAUGCCUUGACUGCUGGCUCAAAUCUCAAGCUCAAAUAGUGAAAAUAAGCUUUUGUGAUGGCAUGUUAUUAUACACAGGUCAAGGUUCCUCAGGAUCACGAGUAUACAGUGCCAUGAAUGUGACACUUGGUGAACUUAAUGCUGUUUGUGAGUGGAGUCUAUCAGCUGCAACAACCACUAGCAAUCAACAACAUGACUUACAAGGAAGACUACUCAAACAGGUUGCUUUAUUAUAUGUAUGCCUUUAUGUCAGUAACUACUAUACAGUAAAACUUUGCAGCUUGUAUUAAACCAGCCUUGUUCUCUUUAGAAUUGAUAGUGUUUUAUGGUUUGUGUUUGUGUAUCAGUCAUCUUUUUUCACCUGCUGAAAUGAUUACUGGUUACAAUUUGGAGUGGCAGAUUCACUUACAGCUGAAGCUACUUGUAGGAAAACGUUUAUAUAGAUAAAUAAAUAGAUUUCUGACCCUCCAUUAUGAACUGAUUAAUUUUCAAGGUAUCCAGUGUAAAGCAGGAGAUUUUGUCCCUCGCCAACCGAGUCAGCCAUCCCAAUUUAACUCACUACUUGGCUGUCAAUGUCCAGGAAACUGCUUCAUCUGUUAAAGUUCAGGUAAAGAUAAUAAAAAAUGUAAGACCAUGUAUUAGUGGUCAAUUUUGUGCCUCAUGUCAGUAACUACUGUACAGGUAUUAUUACCCUUUUUCAGCCUUGAAACUGUAAUUAUUUUCCUCAGGACCAUUUUUCCUUUGUACUUACAGGUUCUGGUAGAAUAUGUUGGUGGUGGGGAUCUUAGUCUUCGCCUUAGAAGUGGAGGUCUUUCACUGGAACAGUUGCGAGAAUACACACAACAACUUGUUGAAGCUCUGGCUUACUUGCACGGAAAAGCUGUAGUUCAUAAGGACUUGAGGGUAAGUCAGUGAUCUGCAAAUAUCCAGGCUCAUGUGAUGCCAGGUGAGACAUGUAACCUCUACGGCUUCAAUUGUUUCUCAUUUAUUGAUUAAAUUUCUGUCGUUUACAGUUGACAAGUUGCCGUCUUGACUGUGAUGGAAAUAUAAGACUUGCUGAUUACAGUGCUGGUAAAAGGUAAGAAGCUGUCAGCUGAUGAUCACCUCAAUAUUUUUCAUGUCCUUACCAAAAGACAUGGUAAUAGGCUUUAAUAAGUUGUUCAAUAUUGUAAUCCAAAAAAAUACUUUGACGACUGAUUGAUGUGCAAAGGUGCCUUUUCUAGUUGUUGAAUUAAAACCAACUUCUCCAUUAAACAAACAGCAAACUACUUAAGCUUGGAAAGAGUACGGUGACUUGAUUAUUUUUCCUCUAGACUGUCGGAUUUACAUCAGGUUUAUGGAGGUAACAGAACGGAGUUACAUGGCGAAGUUGGCAACAAAACAACUUCUCGCUAUGGAAAAACUGGAGACAUUUACAGCUUAGUAAGUUUGAUAAUGUUUUCUUAAGAAUAACAUGUUUCUGAACGUAAGUAGUGUUUGCAGAGUUCGGUUGGUAACAGCCCCCCUUCCUUUCCCACACACUUCUCAGAUUACUUGAGAACAAGCAACAGGCAGGAUUAGCUCAGUCGGUAGAGCAUUUGACUGCAGAGCGGGAGGUCGCGGGUUCGAUUCCCGGGGCCGGACCAUUACUCAGGGUCUUAAAAUGACUGAGAAAUGAAGGUACUUCCUUUGCACUGCAAGCGGCUAGACCUUUGCGUGGCUCGGAUGACCAUGUAAAAUGGCCGUCCCGUCUCCAGUAGGAGACGUAAAAAUAGUGUCCCCAAUUAACCCUUUCGUGCUAAAUACGUUGACACUCAAAUACAAAGUGCAUUAAGGUUUUGUCUGUUUUACAGGGAAUGCUCGUUCUUUCUUUGGCUCUUGGAGAAAUUAUCACUGGAGACGUGGAGGAUAUACCAACAGCUUUGCCAGCACCGUUGCGAGAGUUUCUCUCAAAGUAAGUGCUAGUGUUUGGUGGCCAGUUUUUUAUAGACUUAGUAGAAGCUUGGCAUUUUGUUUUUCCUUCUAGAAGAGGCCUUUUUUGCCUGGUAUUCUGCAGCAAUGUUCUAUCAAUGAUGAUAUUUUUCCCCUUAAUUUCUGCACAGUUGCUUAAAAAAAGACGAACGCAACCGGAUGUCUGCCGCCCAGUUAUUAGGACAUUCCUUCAUAACUCCUGUAAUUUCCAGAGGAUUGUCGAAUGGCAAAGGGGCAAGUGAAAAAUAUGCUGAUAUUCCCGGAGCUGAAGGUCGUUUAUCUCCAGUCAACCAACCAGAACAUGAAGAGCCAGUUCCCGACUUUUCAUUUUUCUCUGGGGUUCCUGGCAAAUCCCGCGUGAAAUGUGAAUUUGAAGAACUGCAGUUUCUUGGAAAGGGAGGAUUUGGCAACGUCAUCAAGGUGCGUGGCUAUGUUUUUAGAAAGGCCUAUCCUCUCUUAGUCAUAUCCAUGUAGGGCCCAGCCAGCAAUAUACUUUACACUCAGCAAAACUUUGCUCAAAUAGUGCAGCCACGCCUUCCCAUUAACUGAGCUAAAACAACUAAGGCAUCAUACUUUUAUAAACUGUAAACUGAAAUGAUUUCCAAUUUGCUUUCACGACCUUUUUCGUUUCGUUCUAGGUGCGAAAUAAGCUUGACCAUUGUCUGUACGCUGUGAAGCGUAUACCUCUGAACCCAAAAAGCAGUCAGUUUACCAAGAGAAUCAUGCGUGAAGUACAACUGAUUUCUCGCCUUAAUCACGAAAAUGUCGUCAGGUAAUAAGCUACAGUUAGCUUGCAUUGGGUGAAGUGGGGUGGAGUGGGGGGAGGAGGAUAGGGCGGCUUAAACCUCAUACUCCACUUUUCACAGUGCAGGCUUAUUGGAAAUUCCUUCUCCGCAGAUAUUACAACUCCUGGAUCGAAAACGCUGAAGAACAAGAAGAGAAUAACUCGUUAACAGGACAAAACGUAGCGCAAUCGUCUGUUUCAACUGAAGAUAGUCUCCUUAAGCUGAACAAAAUUGAAGCUCCAAGCAUGAGAGGGGCUGGUGACAAUGUUGAGGAAUCUUGGUGGCAAGGAGAGGAGGAAGCUAAUACAAAUGGAUCGGACUGGUCGUCCAGUGGAUCACAGGAAUCAUUUCGAAGUCCACCAAAUACAUCCUCCAAAAGCCACAGUAUUUCGUUUUUUAGCAGCAAAUCGGAGUCUUCUGAGGGAAUCGUUUUCAAUACAAAUAUUGAUGAGUCUGUUCUCCAGUUUGGUGACCUUCUAGAUACAGAGGUAAUGAACUACUGCAUGAUUCAUAUGCAACUAUUUUUGAAGACUGCUAAGGUCUUCUACUUUGUUUAGACUUUUUUGUAUCAAAAAAGCGGCGAUUAAGAGAGGUGAGCAUUAGACUUGAUCUCUCUCCUCUACAUGCGCGGAAGAGCUCUGGGUCGAGAUUGUAGAAAGAUAUAACAAAGCCUUUUCUCCCAACGUUGGUUGGUUACUAGCGCAUUCUAGGUGUCUCCUAUUAUUUGAGGGUUUCCCCUCUACUCUUAUUGAUUCAUUCGCAUUACAGUCUACUUUUUAGCACAGUAAAUACAAAGAAAAGGAACGAAAAGUUUUUACUACAUAUUUAAGAGCUUGAACAUGAUUGAUUAAUUAAUUAAUUAAUUUUUGUAAACCUUUAUUGAACGUAUCAACUUGAGCAUUUUACAAUAUUGCAGUAAUUAGUGGGGACUUAAUUAAAACUAUUUAUGUGCCUGUGGUAAAACAAGGUUAUAUUAUUCAGAUUAUGAAGACGAGUUUUAAAAACUAUUAAGAUGUGAAGCAUUCAAACUUGCCUGUUCAUGUUACCGCUGAUUUGUGUUUCUCAGUCUGAGGACUCAGAUGAAGGCGAGGAAGCGUGGCAGGAGACUGGGAGCGAAUCCAGCACAGAGCCCGUAAGAUUGCAGUAUUUGUACAUACAAAUGGAAUACUGCGAGAAGAGUACCUUGAGAAACCUUAUUGAUGAGGGAUUGCACCAGGACGAGGAACGAGUGUGGAGGCUCCUUAGAGAGAUCGUAGAGGGGUUAGCGCAUAUUCAUUCCCAGGUAACCGUAUUUUUUUUAUACCUGUUAAUGUCCUUUCGAGAGGGCCAAGAGAUAUCCUACCUCUCUCCCAACCGUUAAAAGUUAGAAGUUACUUAUUAUUACAAAAGAAAACAAGAUCAUUGCUUACGCAGUAGGAAUAAAGUCUACCGUCUAUACUUCUAAACUUAUUGUUACCGUUGGUACCUGUUUAAAAUAAGUAUUAACUUACAGUAACUGUUAUUUUUUCAGGGCAUCAUUCACCGGGACCUGAAGCCUGUAAAUCUGUUCCUUGAUUUUUACGGCCGCAUAAAAAUAGGAGACUUUGGUUUGGCAACAACUCACGGCAUGACUCGUGGGGGAAUGGGCCCUGAUGUUCAAGACUCCACUCAGGACCAGCUCCCUUCUUCCAAGAGCAACUCGGCCGCAAAAGAGAGUAUGACUGGUAAAGUUGGUACCACCUUGUACGUGGCUCCAGAACUUGGAAAACGAGCUGGUGUUCGAGUGAAGUACAGUCAAAAAGUGGAUCUGUAUAGCUUAGGAAUCAUUUUCUUUGAAAUGUGUUUUAAGCCACUCUCCACUUCAAUGGAAAGGGUUCACGUACUGGGCAACUUGAGAACGGUAGGUCCCCUACAACUUUAUAGUAAGUUGCACGAUUAUAAAGCUUGUUUUUCGCGUGUUAGUUCAGUUCGUCUUAAAGAAAUGCCGCUUUAUCGUUAACGAGAAAAAGAUACGAUAUUUUGAGAUCAUUGAAAUAUUUAGAGAGUAUAUACUUAUGCACUCGGUGUGCAUAAGUUGAAAAUGAAUCGACAUCUUAUAAAAAGCUGUAAAGGUUAUUAUUGCUAAAACGGCAAAGAGUAACACACGCGGGGAAAAAAUGAACGACCAAAGUUUUAAAAUCAGAUUUUAUAGCAUUACAUACUGACCUCCGAUAUCUCUUCUCAUCUUUUGUAAAAGGUUAAGGUUCUAAUGGACAAAUUAAGCAAUGAAAUUUAAAAUCUCAACAGCAUCACCUGAUCAAGCUUGAGUUGUGAAGUUGUUACCAUGUGUUCAGGCUUUUUUCUAGGAUGUCAACUUAUGAACCAGACGGCGUUUAAAAACAGUAAUGUUAACAGUUGGAAUUAUCUGUAUUCGGAGAGGUAUUUGAAUAUCAGGCAGUUAGCAAUUUUUAGUUGUUUUUUUUUUUAUUUUAGGAAAGGAUUAUCUUUCCAAGUGACUUUGAUCAGAAGCGCCUGUCCAAACAAACGACAGUUCUGAAAUGGCUUCUAAAGCAUAAUCCAGAGGAGCGGCCCACAUCGCAAGAGCUGCUUCAAAGCCAGUACAUUCCACCUAAGAUAGAGGACGGCCAGUUGGAUGAAGUACUUAAACACACUCUUGCCUCCUCCAAUUCUACCCGCUAUCAACGCUUAAUGAAAGCCAUGUUCUCUCAACAUGUUUCUCCCGUCCGUGACGUAACUUACGAUUUUGAUAUGUUCACGGGUCAGGUUUCUUCACGUGCCAUUCUCGCACAGCAAGUGAUUCAUGAAAGCGUCAAGUCCGUUUUCUUGCAGCACGGCGCGUUGCGGCUAAGAACUUCUCUGCUGGCACCGCGCACGAAGCUUCUGGAGCAGCUAGACCAGGCGGUUAGUCUUAUGGAUCACAGUGGCGCGCUUGUUGCGCUCCCAUUUGACUUGAGAAUCCCGUUUGCUCGUUAUGUUGCGAGGAAUGGAGUUUGUCAGAUGAAAAGGUUUGACAUCGGUUGCGUUUACCGCGUGAACCGAAUCCUUGGUGCUCAUCCUAAAGAGCUGUACGAGUGUGUUUUUGAUAUUGUCACAAGUACGCCGGAAAAUCUUGUUCCUGAUGCUGAAGUGCUGCUCUCUGUUGCUGAAAUCAUUAGGGAGUUUCCGUCUCUCUAUGAACGUAGUUAUUAUAUCAGAAUAAAUCAUACUGCCCUCAUGAAGUCUUUCCUGGCAUCCAUUGGCAUCACGGAUGAAAGGCAGUUAGAGUUGCUUAAAAUUCUACAAGAAACUCGUGGUGAAAAUGACAGAAGUGAACAGAUCAAUGCGUUUAUCGAGAGUCUGCAAUUCAGUGAGCAUAAUGCUACAGCGCUGUCGGAUUUUCUUAAUUUCGAAGGUCCUGUAAGCAAACUUCGCGAACAUCUUAUUGGUACAAUGAAGCGGAGAACUUGGGUGGGACAAACGGCACGCCAAGCCUUCCACGAUUUGGAAACGAUAGUUUCACACACGGAAGCGUUGGAAAUAAAUUUACCAGUAGUGGUUAAUACGUCCAUGGUAUACAACUUUCAGCAUUUCUCGGGUCUGGUUUUCCAGUUUGUGGCUGCUAACACGCGAAAGCGGAAACGAGGAGGUGUUGAUAUCCUUGCCGCAGGGGGAAGGUAUGAUAAGUUGAUUAAUAGCUUCCGGCGAGCAGCAGCAGAAGCUACUCACCCCUCCCCUGGAGCGGUCGGUGUCAGUAUUGCUAUCGAAAAGAUUGUCGCCAGUGUAUUGGACGACCAGGAUUCAGUUAUACCUUGCGCCUACAAUGUUUUAGUCUGUUCAGCCGGCCACAACCCCAUGCAUGCUGAACGCAUGCGCAUUGCCCGUGACUUGUGGAAGGCAAAGAUCAAGGCGACAAUCUCUUAUGAAACGAUGCCUCUAGAAGAAUUACAGGAGUCUUGCAAAGAAGGGGGAAUACAGUACAUGGUUGUUUUAAAAGAACAGGAGCCUGGCAGUGUUAGGGUAAGGAUAAGAAUGAAAGUCUCUUUAACAGGUGAUCUUGUUCCAGACUCUCUCCUCUACCCCCAUUGAGUAAUAUACUCGAUGCAAAGGCAAUUACUGUUGCCAAGCAACACGGGAUUCUGUUGUCAUAAAGAACAGUUUAUAAUAUGGAAUUCGAAAUGGCGAGGUUAUGAACCCUUAUUGUUGUCGGUAAAGUAUAUAAGUCGAAAAUAUUGUUAAAUGAUAUCGCUCGUGACUUAUAAUUGCCCGGCCCUGCUUCACUGAAGUGGCAGUUGGUGUGACCAUCAUUUCAGUUAUGACCAAUCCGCCUUUCCCCAUAGCAACCAUACAAGAACCAACCAACCGGCUUUCUCUUCCUAGCGUUGUAUCAAUUUGCUGUGUUUAAUCUAUGUUACUCUGAUUGACGUUGUUGGUUUGUUUGGGGACGUGUAUUUUUAUCAGGUACGUUCUUUGGACAAGGAAAAGGUCUCUGAAUCUCGAAUCCCAAUCAAAGACUUAGUGGACCAUCUUCAGGGGAAGCUUUCAAGCAGGCCUGAAACAACCGACUCCUCUAUGCUCCCUGGCAAUAAGGGCACAGGUCAACAAAGCAAUUAUGAAUCGAGUUGUACAUUCGUCCCCGAAAUGAAAGUCUUGUUCAACACACAAGAAAAGAUGGCGUGGAACACAAAAAAGCGAUAUGAGAGCGUGAUGACGUCAAAGAUUAAACCACUCUUGGCUCACAUUGGCUCAAAAAACGCCGUAGAGAUUAUAGGGGUAGGUAAUGGUUAGGUCAGUGUGAUACCAUCAAAUCAAGUCAACAAGUCUCCUCUCACGGUUGGCGCUAACCCAUUCUAGUGCUACUGUGCUAUUGUGCAAUACUGCGACGAUAAACAUCUGCAGAAGGUGUACUCCAUCUAAAUAUUAGUGGGGUGGGCCCGGGUCUAUAAAUAGCUAACACGAAAAUUCGAGGGAAUUCUGUCGAUUAUAAAGAGUGUGUAGAAGGUGGUCCAAGGAUGAACACUCACAGUUAAAUAAAUGAAAUGAAAUAAAUUACAACUGAAGCAGCGAAAGAAAUAGGCUCAGUCUCCAGCCUUGGGUGUCUCGAUGCGCCCGCGGAUGGGGAGUACCUCGGGCGCCUCGAGACACCCAAGACUGGAGACGGAGCCUACUAAAGAAACUGAGCAGUACUUUCGUUGGAAUUGUCACUACGCAACCAAGGUUUUAGCCAGAAGGGUGUCCGGGUGUCCAGCAGUCCUAUGGACGCCCAUUUUUGGAAGAAACACAAGGAAAAUUCACCUAAUCUCUUAUACGUUUACGGGAAAACAUGCCUUCGGGACGGCCAGUUUUCAAUGUCUGGCUAAAAGCCUGCAAACACACGGCAAUAAUAUUAAAUCCUGUUUAAUAUUUUAUCUUUUUUCUAGGUUGACUUGCCCGGUUCCGUUGUACGUGGUAUGUCGGCCCUUCUUGACCUUGAUGCAAAUGAAGACGCUUUUGACGCCAGUGUGGCGACCAUUGCAGACAAGAACCCUCGCUACAAAAAAUACAUUGGACGAGUUUGUGACGACAUAAGGGAGCUUAAAGUUUCCAAAAAAGUACCCAUCGUCAUUGUGUACAGUGUAAAGGACGAAAUGUUUAAAAUGUUUUUCUGAAUAAAACGAAAUGUGUUGGUGAUUUUAUUGCAAUUUAUAUGCGGCGGAGUAAAGAAAUAAGGUAUAUCUACAUUGUUUAGGUAUUGUAUAU